CUUGAAGAAGAAUAUUGGGACAUGUUUUCACUCAGAAAGAAUUAACAAAUGUUCAAAACAUUUUAUUAAGUUUGGAAAUGUGAACAUUUGAUUGCUUGAAAACAUUAUGUUUUCAGAGCGGUCUUUCUAUUUAUGUUUUGAACCUAGGACUUAUAAACAAUUUAUAAUUUAUACAUAUUUAAGUAUAUCUGACUUUUAUGCAGAGGAUUUAUAUCACUUAUAUAUUAUUUCCUUCAGCUCUGUAGAUAUCUGAAGUUGAAAAAAUUGCAAUAACCUAAGACUUUGAAAUUCCAUUAAAAGUGCUCCUGUUACCUGUUAUGCUUGUGAAUUUUUUUUUGUUUUGGUUUGUUUUGUUUUGCAAUUGAAUGAGGGAAUUGUUCAGUUAACAAGACAAAUAUUUCAUGACGUUAAUUUCUAGAUCUCCACUGAAUCUGAAUGAUAGCAAGGGUGGGCAUUUCAGGAAGAGGGCUGGCCUAAAUUGAUGAUCAGAUUACAUAAAAGAAUGCACUAGGAAUGCAAUUUAUUUUAUCUCAGGACAUUGGAACAGGCAAUAUUUGAUACCGGAGCCAUGACUGGAUGUCCGUUUUGGAAGAACAAAUACCAAUUUAAUUUUACUAAACUGGCUUUGGAAGAUGAGGCAGAUGACAAAUCACAAGAAGGAUUAAACAAGGCUGGCAAAGGUGGUCUUAUCUAUGGCGAAUAUCUACAUCUGGAUAAAAUAUUGAAUGCACAGGAACUUCAGAGUGAAAAUAAGGGAAACAAAAUUCACGAUGAACAUCUGUUUAUUGUGACCCAUCAAGCUUAUGAAUUAUGGUUCAAGCAGAUCCUGUGGGAAUUGGAUUCUGUUCGAGUGAUAUUUGAGAAUGGCCAUGUGAGAGAUGAAAGAAACAUGCUGAAAAUGGUUACUCGGAUGCAGAGAAUUUCAAUAAUCCUUAAAUUGCUUGUGGAACAAUUUUCUGUCCUAGAAACAAUGACAGCACUGGACUUCUUUGACUUUAGAGAUUAUCUGAGUCCAGCUUCAGGAUUCCAGAGCUUACAGUUUCGAUUAUUGGAAAAUAAGAUUGGUGUCCCUCAAAGUUUGAGAGUUCCAUAUAACAGAAGGCACUAUCGGGAUAACUUCAAGGGAAAGGAAUAUGAAUUAUUGCUUAAAUCAGAACAAGAGCCAACACUACUGCAGCUAGUCAACGCAUGGCUGGAAAGGACACCAGGACUUGAACCAGAAGGAUUUAAUUUCUGGGGAAAAUUUGAAGCAAAUGUACUUAAUGGAUUACAACAAGAAUACGCAAUAGUACAGGCUAAAGAAGACUCUGAGGAAAAAGAAGAUCAAAUGGCAGAACUUAAGAAGCAAAAAGAAGUACUUAUGUCAUUAUUUGAUGAAAAACUCCAUGAACAUCUUUUUAGUAAAGGUGACAGAAGAUUGUCCUAUAAAGCAAUGAAAGGAGCCUUAAUGAUAUACUUCUACAGAGAGGAACCUCGCUUCCAAGUUCCUUUUCAGCUUCUUACUUCUCUUAUGGAUAUCGAUGUGCUAAUGACUAAAUGGAGAUAUAACCAUGUGUGUAUGGUGCACAGAAUGAUUGGCAGUAAGGCUGGGACUGGAGGUUCAUCAGGCUACCAGUAUCUACGCUCAACUGUGAGUGACAGAUAUAAAGUAUUUGUUGAUUUAUUCAAUCUUUCCACUUACUUGGUGCCAAGAAGCUGGAUCCCAAAACUGAAUCCAACACUUCAUAAAUUCCUUUACACCGCAGAAUAUUGUGAUAGUUCAUACUUCAGCAGUGAUGAUUCAGAUUAACAGCUUUCCUUAGACAAGUAUUACAAACCCCACACUUUUGAUAUAUUGAGCUCUAGUUUGAUAAUGGUGAUGGUGGGAUAAAAGCGUGGAAGUCAACACACCUAGAGGCACUGGUUUUUUUAAAAAGUAUACUGUGUAGAUUAAUUGUAUGUAUGUAUGUAUGUAUUUAUGCACAAUAUACAGUAACAUAGAUUUUAAUAUAUAUAUUUGAAUUAAGUAAUUAUAUAAAUAUGUAGAAAUAACCAACUCAAUUUUAAGCUUUACUUUUAUCAGUUUUACCUCAUUCAUUAGGAUGAACCAAGAUGUUUCUGAUUGUUGCAUUAAGUUUGUAAUAAAUAUAUGAUUUUAGGUUUAUUGCAGUUAAAUUAUGUCUUCAAAUUUCCUUAUGAAAGUUUGCUCCUGAAAAGAGUUUUAAAAAGUUGGAAUGGAGAGAGGAAGAAAAUUGCACUAUAUAUUAAAAAACCUGAAGAAACCAGAGAUUUAUAUAAAAUUUGCAAGAACAUGUUAUGCACAUAUUGGAAAAUGGAAGAAGUUUUUAAUAAAUGUUUUUGAAGCAAACUUCAUUUUUUUAAAAUAAAGAAAUGAGAACUAAUGUUAUCAGGAGAAACAGAAAAUUUGAAGGGAAAUGAGAUACUUAAGAAUUAUGAGAUAUACAUUAAAAAUGAUAGGUCAAAAUGAAUGGGUGCUUAAUGGACGGAAUACAAAGUAUGUGACCAGUUUAAAAAACGUUGAAGUAGUCUUUAUCAGAUGGUUGAUGGAAUUGACUGGCCUUCCUUUCAGAUAAAUUAGCUGAUCUGCAAUUAUGAUAAAUUUCCAUGUAUUUCUUUCUGUUAUUAUGAACCAAAGUAGAAAACCAUAGUGGGAGCAGUUUUUGAAGUUCAAAUGCAAAGAAAGUAAGAGUUUUUUUAAAAAUGUAUCUUUAUUAUUAAACAUAUCCGAUAAUAUUGA